GGCCGUGUCCUCGUUGCGGCAGCAUAUUUGUGAGCACAUGCCCCGGCUGAACAAUUGACCAGCAUGUGCUGACGGCAAGCAUCAAGUAUGGAGUGGUUCCGUUUCAUACGGGAAGCCGUUUGGCACAACACCGGAUUCGGGUCACUGAGGAAGAUCAUUGGUUACAUCGAGACUUACGAGCCAUGGUUCGAGCCACAGAUAAUUCCUUUGCCAGAGGUCGCUGAAGAAGCCAGCCAGGACGCAGCCACAGCGCCUGAAGCAGAGGAAGAGAAAAAGCCAGACCCUCCCAUUGCGCAUUAUCCUAAAGCCGAAUAUUACUCCGUGGCCGACUACCGCAGGCUAUUUCUGUCAGGCGCUCUCACGCCAACAGACGUUGCCGAGGCCUUGCUGCCCCUGAUACGGCGGGACGUUCCUGGCCCCACCGAGCACUCCAUUGCCUGGUUUGAGACGCAAGCCGACAGGGUCCUCGCCGCAGCACGCGAGUCGACUCAACGGUACAAGGAAGGGCGCUCCCUUGGGCCCCUGGACGGGGUGCCCACGGCGGUGAAGGACGAAUACGACAUUGAGGGCUACCGCACCUGCCUCGGGUCACGCAAUACGUACACUUCCCCGGACGAGAAGCACACGACGUCGUGGUGCGUGCAGAAAUUGGAAGCCGCCGGCGCAAUCAUCCUAGGUAAGCUCUCCAUGCACGAGUUCGGCCUCGACACGACAGGCAACAACCCGAUCUACGGCACCCCGCGCAACCCCCACAACCCCAACUACUACACCGGCGGCUCGUCUUCAGGCACCGCCUAUGCCGUCAGUGCCGGGCUUAUCCCUGUGGGCCUGGGUAGUGACGGAGGCGGGAGCAUCCGAAUACCGUCCAGCCUGUGCGGCGUGUUCGGGCUCAAGCCGACGCACGGUCGGCUCUCCUUCCGGCCCGGGCCGAACCACUGCGCCACCUGCGCCUGCCUGGGGCCGAUCGCAGGGGACAUUGGGUCGCUGGCGGCUCUCUUCCAUAUAAUCUCUGACCCCCACCCGAGCUCGCCUUUCCCGCCGCUCCCUCGCCCCAUGCGCCUAGGCAGCGGGCCCACGGCAACAGACCCCAAACUGCUCGGCAUCCCGACAGACUGGUUCGCGCGCGCCACGCCGGCCAUCCAAGCGCUCUGCAACAGCCUGAUCAAGCGACUGGUCUCGGAGCAUGGGUACCGCACGGUGCCCAUCACAAUCCCGUUCCUGCCCGAGGGCCAGCUGGCGCACGCCAUGACGGUGCUGACCGACGCGGCCACGCUGCUUCCGGACACGCGCAACCUCACGCCGGCCAACCGCAUCCUCCUCGCGCUGGGGCGCGUCACGCCCUCGACUGACUACCUCCUAGCCCAGAAACUGCGCCGGCUGCUCAUGCAGCACCUCGCCUGGCUGUGGCAGGAGCACCCGGGCAUGCUCAUCAUCACGCCCACCACGGCUUGCGAAGGGCUGCCCAUCAUGGCGGGUGACGCCGAGCUGCGCUUUGGGGUCAACGACGGCGACCGGACCUUGCAGAGCAUGGAGUACGUCUGGCUGGCCAACUUUUGCGGGCUGCCCAGUCUGUCGGUGCCGGCCGGGUUUGUCCAGGGGCGAGGCGGUGAUGUGCCUGUUGGCUUGAUGGCCACCGCCGAGUGGUGCUCAGAGGAUCAGCUCUUGCGGUUUGGGACCGUCGUGGAGGCGGUCGGGGCCGACAGGAGGAGACGGCCGAGGGCGUGGGUGGAUGUUCUUGAGCGUGCGAAGGGGUUGAUCGAGUAACUCGGAAUCUUAGCUGAUGGCAAGACUCAGGCCUACAAAAUAAAGCUGCGCUUCGCUGACACUGGCUUUUAUUUUGAUUGGUUCCUUCAUGUGUAAGAUGGCGGUUACAUGCAGAGAAUCAGUCACAGUAGAGAAGGACAGGCGCUAAAGAUACUUGAGG